AUGGAACAUAUAACUGUAGAGUAUUAUCGCGCCGGUACUCCUUAUAUAUCACCAGAAGGUAUUGAGGAAAUCAUUCAAUCACGAGGAACAGUUAAAAAUGCAUGCAGGGUGAUGGCUGAUAGAUAUAGUACUUCAACUCGUAGAAUAUAUGAAAUUUGGAAAAGACAUGCUGAGGGAAUACCCUUGCGCAAACAGCAACCAAUACAUAGUGUUGUUUCUUCCGAAAUAAUACCCGAAAAUAAUACUUCGGAUAGAAAGCCAAGGAAAAGAAAACCAGGAUCUGGUUCCAAAUCUGAUUCAGUUAGGCUUACACAAAAUCGCAGAGAAAGAGAAGAAGCAAAACGUGAGACGAAAAGAGUCUUAGAUCCCAACUAA